CAGCACAGCAGCACAGCAGCACCGGCGCGCGAGACGGCCGGCGGCGGACGCACGGCUGACGAGGCACAUCGGACGGCUGGGUGAGGACUGAGAGGAGGACCACAGGAUCGCGAGAAGAAUCCCAGGACCGAGAAGUGGACCGGUGGAAAGAAGGGUGGAUUGAGAAGCCAACCGGAAGAUUGAAGGCGACCCACUACACCGAGGAGCGGGCCAGUGGAGCGAAAGAAGUGGACUGCAGUAUCCAAAAGCGGCCAGUCGAGCUGGGAGGAACCACCUCAGCCUGCAGGCGGACUGGGAGGAACUACCUCAGGCUGCAGCGGGGCGGUGAUGACAUGCCCGUGAGUCCCAGGUGGACAACAGGUGACGAGCGAUGGCGUUUUGCGCCCAGCUAUGUCAGAAGCUGAGCGAGCUCUGCUGUCCUCGGCAGGAGGACGACAAAAGUGAGAAGACCCUUCUCACUGUCAAGUGCCAUGGCAGGUACGCGUCCGACGAGAACCUGCUGGAGAGCGGCGACCCGCCGGCCGUGCACAAGGCGCGGGGCCAGCUGUCUCGCUCGGAGCCGGACGUGGCCAGCCUGAGCGCGUGCGAGACCCAGCUGGACCGCGUGCAGCCGCCGGCCGAGCGGCUCUACCGGCCCGACCUGGACAGCCAGCUGAGCCUCAACGAGUUCGGCUCGGUGCCCGACAUCACUGUCACGAGUAGUGACGGCGCGCCGCGCACGUUCCUCUCGCGCAAGCUGCAGCCGGAGGUAAUGCGGCACGCGCAAACCAUCGCCGACAUCUCCAAGCACACGCUGCGCGACCUCAAGAGCCGGAACCGGGCGGACGCCGGCGCGGACGCGACGCACACGUUCGCGCGCGCCAGCCGGCUCGGCUUCGACCGCGCCCAGUACGAGAGCGCCGGCUCUCUGACGCACGACGCGCCGUCGGCGUCGGCGGCCGCGGCCGCCGCCGAUGUCGACGACUCGCACAUCGUGGAGGAGGUGUACGGCACGGUGUCGUUGUCAGUCAGCUUCAACCCGCACAUGAAGCGGCUUCUGGUGCAGCUGGAGGCCGUGCACAACCUGCCGACGCGCGGCGACGGCCACACCUACGACGCUGCCACCGAGCUGACUCUGCUGCCGGACGCCAAACCGGUAAAGAAGGCCCCCGUGGCCGUGGGCGAGCUCAAUCCGCGCUACAACAUCGACUACGCGCUGCCGCUGCGCUCCAAGGAGCUGCGCCACAAGACGCUGCGGGUGACGGUGAUGGACGCAGCGCGGCGCGGCCCGUACGAGGCGGUGGGCCACGGCCUGCUGUCGUUGCAGAGCACCGUCAGCGAGUCGCCGGAGCGGUACGUGCUGCCGCUGGCGCGCCGCUCGCUGCCCAGCGAGCCACUGGGUCGGCUGCUCGUCUCGCUCUCGUACCGGCCGGCUGACGACCGGCUCUCUGUGGUGGUGAUGCAGGCGCGCGGUCUGCGCGUCUCGCCCGCCGUGCACCACCUGCCGCAGAAGACGUUCGAGAAGCACGCGCGCUACGACACGUUCGUCAAGGCGUCGCUGCGCUGCGCCGGCGAGAAAGUCAAGACCCGGCGGUCGCCGGUGCUGGCCGGCUCGCGCGACCCCUUCUACAACGCUGGCUUUAGCUUCGUGCUACCGCAGGGGUUCGUUGAUGACGCCAGCCUGGUGGUGAGCGUGGUCAUGCGCGGUCCGAUGCGCACUGACCUCGUCAUCGGCCGUGUCAUCCUGGGACCGUUCUUCUCGCACGCGGCCGGCCAGCCCACACAGUGGGGCCGGGCGCUGACUGGCAGUGAGGUGGCCACGCAGUGGCACCGGCUCUACCUCUGAGGCGGAGGGCCGGAGCCGACGAGGACAGGCUGCCCCGAGGCGGCGGGCCGGGGCCGACGAGGACAGACUGCCCUGAGGCGGUGGAUCGGAGCUGACGAGGACAGACUGCCCUGAGGCGGUGGGCCGGAGCCGCCGCGAACAUACUGUCCUGAGGUGGUAGAUUACACGACAUCGACAGACUGCCCUGAGGCGGUGGGCCGGAGCUGACGAGGACAGACUGCCCUGAGGCGGUGGGCCGGAGCCGCCGCGAACAUACUGUCCUGAGGUGGUAGAUUGCACGACAUCGACAGACUGCCCUGAGGCGGCGGGCCGGAGCUGACGAGGACAGACUGCCCUGAGGCGGCGGGCCGGAGCCGACGAGAACAGACUGCCCGGAGGCGGUGGACCGGAGCCGCCGCGGAGACUGCCCUGAGGCGGUGGGCUGGAGCCGCCGCGACAUACUGCCCUGAGGCGGUGGGCCGGAGCCGCCGCGACACACUGUCCUGAGGUGGUAGACUACACGACAGAGACAGACUGCCAGGAGCCGUUCAUCUGAGUCGUUUGCAUGACGGAGGUGGUCCUACGAUAAUGUGAGCGACCUCCGACCUCCAGCUGCUUGUCGUUGCCUCCGAAUAGUUCGGAGUCCGGCAGUGGUCCAAACUCCCCACAUCGAGCACUAGGCACCGGCGGACUAACCAGAAGCUCGGCAUACUGAACGCAGCCGGCCAGGGCCGUUCGGCCACAGGGCUAGCCGUACGGCAGCGGGCGGGGCGGAACGCGCCAGACGUCAGGUCACAAAACAGGUCAGCAUCGCAGACGACCCCCAGCAGCCGGCUGAGGUCAGGU